AUGAGCGAACCGACCAAAGCCCAGAUCAGCGAAACGUUCAAGAAAUUCACUGCUCAGAGAGCAAACAAGAUGUGUUUUGACUGCAACGCUAAAAAUCCUUCCUGGGCGAGCGUCACAUAUGGAAUAUAUCUUUGCCUCGACUGUUCCUCCGUUCAUCGCAAUCUCGGCGUCCAUAUUAGCUUUGUUCGCUCCACCUCUCUAGACUCGUGGACAUGGGAUCAACUCCGCAUUAUGAAAGUGGGCGGCAACGCCUCUGCCUCUGCAUAUUUCGCAAAACAUGGUUCCAAUAUUUUAAAUAAAACAGACGUCACUGCCAAGUAUACCUCUCGCGUAGCAGUAAAGUACAAAGAAGAAUUACAACGCCGGGCAAAACAAGAUGCAUUAGACGAUCCUGGCUUUGUGUUGAUGCAGCAAGAGAACGAGCAACCGAGUUCAGUACAAAAUGAUGACUUUUUUGAAAGUUUUCUGUCAGGAAAUGCAAAGCCCAGCUCGACGACGCCGUCAUCUUCCGUUACGCUCACAAAACCCAAACAAACUCAAUCGAAAAUUUUAUCAAAACCCACCGCGUCGAAAAAGCCUAAAAAAGGUCUCGGUGCUGUUGCUGUCAAGCGCAAUAUUGAAGAAGCGGAACAAAAAGCCAAGGAGGAAGAAGAAUUUUCCGUUCGCACUAGUUAUUCCCGUAACAGCAGUGAACAAGCGCAAGAGCGAUCAGAGGAAUCAGCAGCGUUUAGUUCGAGGUUAGCGUAUACCGAUAGUUCAAGCUCUUUUGGAGACGGGAGGGCAGAUAUUGGUUCAAACAGAAAGAAUGGGAAUGAUGAUAUGGAUAGACUCGGUAUGGGAAUUUCGAGGCUGGGUUUCGGAUCAAUUGGUGCACCUUCUGAAAAGACUGCUGUGGAAAGAGAGGAUAAGUAUACAGGAUUUGGGUCAAAUUCGUUCAAGACUUCGAGGGAUUACGAAGAUACUCGCAGUUCCUCAAACGCAGACGUAAAUUACGCACGACAAACAUUUGGCAAUCAAAAAUCUAUUUCCUCUGACCAAUUCUUUGGCCGUAACGCCUACGACACUGAGGCUCAAUCCGCGGCAUCUGACCGUUUGCGUCAAUUCCAAGGAGCUACUUCUAUAUCUUCUGAAGACUACUUUGGCCGUAGUGAGGAACCUGUCAAGCCUGAUGGGUUGGAUUUGAAUAAUAUAGAAUUAUCAGCACGGGAGAUUGCAAGGAAGUUUGCCGAGCAAGCUGCAACCGAUUAUGAGGCUGUCAAAAUUGCUGUCGAAAGAGGAAGUGAUAAAUUGAAAGAAUACAUUGAAGCUAUUCAGAGAGGUUAA